GUGGAUGACUCACCAUUUGGGGGACAAAUUAAAACAGAUAAGGUACAAGAAAAAACGAAUCUUUAGUGGUCAACAACCACAACUAUUCACUCUACGUAAUAAUGAACAAUUAUUCUAACAUUAUUCAAAUAUUUGAGGAGGGCGUCAACAGGGCAGAUAACUCUAUGACGUCAGCACAUGGUGGCCAGCCAACCCGGAAGUGGGUGAGUUGGCAUUGAAACAGAUUUUAAAAAAGAAGACAAAGUAAUUUUUAUAGCCUAGAAAUAAAAAAAUAAUUAGUUUUCCGACCAACUUUCACUUUAACGAAGCCAGGGAGAGUCUGUAAAUUGGUGCAUGAUUUUUUUAAACGACUCCGUAGUGUACGACGGCCAGUUUAAUUAAUUUAGUGUAAUUCCCGCCAACAAGAACAAGUGUAAUAUUAUCAUUUGUUGAUACGUUUCGCAUUGUAAAAUGUUAACAUUAUAUAAUGGGACCAUUGUAGUAUUCUGUCAAAUGUCAGUUUUGGUGGAAUAUGAUAUUCUCACUUUAUUUUAUUAUUUGUUAUUUCAACUUUUCAUCACAUUUCGGUUGUGGUGAAAGUAGAGACGAGAUAGGUCGUCAGUGGUGUGAAUCAACGACAUACAAGUACUCCGUUAUCGUAUUUAGAGUUUUCAGGUAUUAGUACUUCAUUUAAAUAGUUUGUUUAUGAUGAUGGUUUACUUUUACUUCUUACAUCUCAAAACAUGUAGUGUCCAUACUUUGCGCUUGUUAGUUUUUCAACUUCCACAGAGGAUUGCAAUAACCCAUUGGGCAAAAUUAUCUAAAUGGAUAUUGUAUCACUUACAGUAAAAAAUCUUCUUUACUUAUACACCGAAGUACAAUUUCUUUUUAUAGAGGUAAAUUAGUUGGAUCACGACUUGAUUUAUUUUUUAAGAAUCUGGACUUCUAGUUAAGAUGAGUACUUUUGCCACUUUGGGGGGCUGGUGAGAAAGAAGGCGAGUGGGAGGGAGAGAGCCCCUCAACCGACCCACCCUCCACCCCUUCCCCACAAAUGUCUCCAUGGAUCCACUUCUUCACAACCUCACUCUUCCACCGUCUUGCACACAAGUGUUUGGACCGGACAGCCACGGUACCAUAAAAGAUGACGAGUGUACAUUAGUCCAUUUGAAAAAAGUCUCCAAAACCCGGCCACCCCCAAGCAGAGGAGCCACCGUCCGCCUGUGAAUGUCCGCCGGUCUCCCACCACCCUCCACGCCCGCGCCGGUGAUGCCAUGCCGCAGGGUCACGGCGGCGACGAGAGCGGCGGUGGUUGUGGUGCCGGUGUUGUUGGUUCCGGAAUCUGGCUCAAGACUUCCCCAGGGCGCCUGGCACGGGAUCUCCCCCCGAGGGAUGUGGAGUUCGGCCAGAGGACGAUGAACCACGCGGUUCGGACUGGAGCCGUGGACGGGCUGGGGCCGCCCGGAGCCGCCGACCGAAGGAAGCAGGGCGCCCGGCUCAGCCUGCUGGGCAAGCCGCUGGCGUACAGCGCGCAGGGCGGCAGGAGGAACGCGCGCUACCGCUGGCUCCAGAACUACCUGUACAACGUCUUGGAGAGACCCCGGGAGUGGGCGUUCGUCUACCACGCUUUUGUGUUCAUCCUGGUAUUUGGAUGCUUGGUCCUGUCCGUGUUUUCCACCAUUCCUGCUCACCAGGAAUUCUCCUCACACUGUCUUCUCAUCCUGGAGUUUGUGAUGAUCGUUGUGUUUGGUCUGGAGUACAUCAUCCGAAUAUGGAGCGCCGGCUGCUGCUGUCGCUAUCGAGGCUGGCAAGGACGCCUCCGAUUUGCCCGGAAGCCAUUUUGUAUCAUCGACAUCAUCGUGCUGAUCGCCUCCGUCGCCGUGGUUUCCGCCGGCAGCCAGGGCAACAUCUUCGCCGCCUCAGCCCUGCGCAGCCUCCGCUUCCUGCAGAUCGUGCGCAUGGUGCGCAUGGACCGGCGGGGAGGGACCUGGAAGCUGCUGGGGUCUGUCGUCUACGCACACAGUAAGGAGCUGGUGACGGCGUGGUACAUCGGGUUCCUGGUGCUCAUCUUCUCUUCCUUCCUUGUGUACCUGGUGGAGAAGGAGGAAAACAAGGACUUUGCCACCUACGCCGAUGCUCUGUGGUGGGGCACGAUCACACUAACCACCAUCGGCUAUGGCGACAAGACGCCGCAGACUUGGACUGGGAGGUUGUUGUCUGCUGGCUUUGCUCUCCUGGGAAUCUCCUUCUUUGCCUUGCCUGCUGGCAUCCUGGGUUCAGGUUUUGCCCUGAAGGUACAAGAGCAACAUCGGCAGAAGCACUUUGAAAAGAGACGAAAUCCUGCAGCCAGCCUCAUUCAGUGUGUCUGGCGUAGUUACGCUGCCGAUGAGAACUCGGUUUCCGUUGCAACCUGGAAGCCUCAUUUGAAGGCAUUGCAUACCUGCAGCCCCGCCAAGAAAGAGCAGGGCGAGACCGCAUACAGUCAAAAGUUGAGCUUCAAGGAGCGAGUCCGCAUGGCCAGCCCGCGGGGGCAGAGCGUGAAAAGCCGCCAGGCGUCUAUUAACGACCGCCAGCGCUGUUCCCCCGGCAACGAGGCGGCAAGCGGCGGUGGCGAGCUGAUGGGUCAAAGCCCCGCCAAGGUGCAAAAGAGCUGGAGCUUCAACGACCGCACGCGGUUCAGACCCUCACUUAGGCUCAAGAGCCAGACGCGCAACGCAGCUUCAGACGUGGACGCUGGCAUGACGACGGAGGAUUCCCAGGACGAGCGAGGUUGCCACUGCGACAUCACGGUCGAGGACCUGUCCGCUCCCCUCAAGGCGGUCAUCAGAGCUGUCAGGAUCAUGAGUUUCCACGUGGCCAAGAAGAAGUUCAAAGAGACGCUGCGUCCAUACGACGUGAAAGACGUGAUCGAGCAGUACUCUGCGGGACACUUGGACAUGCUGUGUCGCAUCAAAAGUCUCCAGACCAGACUAGAUACAGUUGUAGGUCCUGCUCCCAGGCCCCUCAGCAGGCGCGCCAAGACCUUUUCCUCACCGUCCCUGCAUUUGUAUUACAGUCAGGCCCGGAGGAAGUCAUCUGCACCGGGACAGGCCAACUUGAGUAGUCGACUCAGGAACAUGUCGUCUCCCGCCCUGCAUUACAAUUAUGCCAACAGGAAGAAGAGCUCAGCUUCAGGAGUGGACCAAAUUCUGGGAAAGGGCCAAAUUGCCGUGGAUAAGAAGAUGAGGGACAAACUGAACCCGGACGGAGAUGCUCACGAUGGCGUCAGCAUGCUAGGCCGUGUCUGUAAAGUGGAGAGGCAGGUUUCCUCCAUCGAGUCCAAGUUGGACUCCCUUCUGGACCUGUACCGCCAAGUCCUGCAGCGGGGUCCAUCUGCUUUGACCCUGUCUUCCCUGCCGCUCUUCGAGCUGGGCCAGCACCGCGACUCCGACUACCCGGCCUCCAUCCUGGACCGGGAUCCUCCUUCCCCGCAGGGAAGCGAUGGCAACGCCCACCCAAGGGGACUACGGCUCAUCCUGGCCCCGGCCGACAGUGACGAGGGUCCCCCGGACUCCGCACCUCCCUCCUACCCGCCGUCCACCGCCUCGCUGUCCCCGUCGCCCCUGCUGCCGCCCGACAGCCCCUACCCCACGCUGGUCACCCCCAAUGGCACCAGGCGGGCGCACUUUCCCGACCUGCCUCCUCCACCUCCCUCCACGGGGGGCUUCACCCUCCAAUUGCCUCCUGUCAUGCACCCCUCCCACCUGCGCUGCCCCGUGCCGGAUGGCGUGGUGGCACAUCGGGGCGGCCCGGGCCCAUCCGUCGUGGUGGGACCCAGCGAGGACACCGGCUUCGUGCAGCUACGGGAGAAGCCCGGCUCCAAAUCCGACGCCACCUGGAGGCGACACGUGAGCCUGGAAGUGGACCCCUUGCUCAUGUUGUCGCCGGGCGACGUCCCGUCAGCGUCUGACUGGGGAGGCGCCCUCGGGAAGUCCUUCUCCAUGCACGAGCUCAAUCGACACGGUGGUGAAGGCUGGAGCGGGAGCGGACUAUUCAUUUGCGAGCGCAAACUGGCGCCUGCCAGCAACCGUUCAGACUCUGACAGAAGCCCGGCUCAAGAUGUGCUCGCUUCAGACUUCCUUGGUCAUUCGCCACGUAUCCAGCUGGCCUGACUAUACACACACACACACACACACACACACACACACACACACACACACACACGCACAGUCACUGAAUGCCACUAUUGGGGAGACCACUUUCAAGCCUUUCUACAGGAAAUGAGAUGUCCUUGCUUGUGAAUGUAAAUUUCUUGCUAUAUUUAGUUAAUUUUCAUCAACUUUGUUUCAUGCGGUGUACUUAGUAGGCAAAAAUGACAUCUAAAUACACCACUUGCAAAACUGGGUAUUGGGCUUUCAUUUGCUUUUUUGGGGAUGAUCGUAAAACACUAAAAUGAACAUAUUGCCCAAUUCAGGGGUGCUAAAGGGAAUAUCUGUGACAUCCCUCCCAAAAGUAAUGACAUUUCAUAUUGAUUUUGUUUUUUUAAUGGCAAAUUUUGUGCAAAAAGUACUGAGACACUCAACAUUUGGACAUAAGUAUUCAAAAUUUCAUUUUAAAUAUAAUAAUUUCCCUUAUUUUGUCAUUUCAUUGUAGAUAGAACUUUUUCAAAUUUUUUGAUAGAAUUCUAUGACACUUUUUUGACAGCCCAGGUACUUGGAUGCUGAUAGUCCAAAACGUAUGUAAUAAAAAGAAGUGACCAUUUGCUAAUCCACACAUCCUUCAAAGCAGACUGUCCAGUCACAUGGUGGUACUUUUUUUUGUUGUUGUUUAUAAGUUUUGGAUACAAGCUGCUUUCUGUAAAGAUUAGUACAGUGAACCCCUGUUUAUAAAUCACUUUUUUUUUUCAAAAAAAUGAUACUUAGCAGACGUGGAGCAGCAACACAUGCAAAUAGUAUAUAAAUGACAAUGCUCACAGCUUUUUUUGGGCAAAGGCGAAUGUAGCUUCAAUUGGAGAUCUCUUUUGCACUUUCUUCUUACUUUUAAUCACGUGGUAUCUUUCCACUAGACCUCAGUGCUCCCUGGCAUGUUUUGGCACAACAUGGUGUUACUUUGGAGGCGCGCAACUAAACUCGGACUUACCUGUAAAUUGUACAUUUAUGAGAAAAAAAAGAUGAUUUAAAAAUUUGCGAUAUAGUGGAGGCACAAAUGAUGAAAUGCUGUCGGUGAUGUUGUAUUAUAUGUAAAGUAGCAGUAUGCUGUCAUUAACUCAAUAACAUGAAUGCUAACACAUUGCUACCAGCUAGCUACAUGCUCCCGGUAGCAACUUGUCUCGAUUUUGUUUUUUUUUUUAAUGAUGAUAAGAAAAUUAAAUGAGUUCUUAAAGCCGCAUGUCCUCGAUGCCAAUCUGUAAAUCAUGUCAAAAUGUGACAUGUUUGAAAUAAUUAAAUCGUAAGAAAAAUACACCUAAAGAUAACCGAGAUCUUUCUGUGAAUAAUUUUACAAUGCUCAAGAAAAAAACAAUACUGGAAAAGUAACUUUUCGGGUGGCGCUUUUUAGGCAUCAACACUCAUUUGUGUUAUAAUCUGUUAGUCUGAGGCCAAUUUUAACCAUCUUUGUGGCAAAUAUUGUUACUCUUGUCAAAAUCGUCCUCAUAUUUCAACCGUGAACAACUUUUUUGUGUUGCUGGAUUGUCUCAAAUUGCUUUCGGAGUGGUUCACACUUCACAGUAGUCUUAAAACUAUUUACAGUAACUUGUCAUGUAUUAUCUUUAAUCUGCUUAUUAUGUUUUCUUGUUUGCCUCGGAACAAGACUGUGGUAUUUUUCAGGCCAGUGUAUUUCAAUAUGUUGUUGCUGGUGUGAUGCAAUACCAAAAGCACAGUGGAGGCUGUGGCACCUGAAAAUGUGACGCACAACACUAUUUGAAUGUGUAAUGUUAGGGAAUAUUGAUUGAAGACGUCAUAACGAAGAAAGAAAUAAUUCAUGUCAAAGAGUCUGUUAAUCACUUCACGGUACUUUUUUGUUGGUGUAGUUUAGCAACGAAUGUCAUGUUAAUUGCAAAUCAGUCGACUAAUUCGGGAAUCAUUUGUCAAUCUAGUUCUUUUUAUUUGCAAAGCUCCCACCAUUGAUUUUUUUUUUCAUUGUAUUUUAAAUCAUGCAUUUUUCUUUAUACUGCUUGAAUGGUAAUUUAUUGUUUACUAUUACACGAUGGGCCUUAAAAAGCUUGACAAUGUUAACACGACGUUUACUUUGAAAUUAAUUUAUUACAAGUGCACAUUAAUUCUCUGGAUGAGAAAAAGCCAAAAUGAUUUUAUUAUUCUUUAAUAAAAAUUUUCAGUGAA